UGUCAAAUAUGUCAAAAUCGGCUGUUUGUUUAUAAUUUUAUAUUUUACCAAAAUAUUAAGAUGGUUGAAGAAGUUAAAAAAUAUUUACAACAAUUCUUAACGAACGUUUCAGGUUUAUACAGCAUAAUAAUAUCAGAUAGAGAUGGCGUUCCGGUGAUGGUGGUUACUUCUGAAUCAUCUCUACAAAUAGCAACAAAACCAACGUUUUUAUCCACAUUCAGCUUGGCUGUCGAUCAAGGGAGGAAAUUUGGACUAGGGAAAAUGAAGACGUUAAUCUGCUCUUAUUCCCAAUAUCAAGUUAUUCAAAUGAAUAAACUCCCAUUGAUUAUUACAUUUAUUGCAAGUGAUUCUGCAAAUACUGGGCACAUAUUAUCUUUGGAGGAACAAAUUGAACCUGUCUUAUCGAAUUUAGUUUACGUUGUCGCUGAGAAUUAGAUUAGUUUUUUUUUAAUUAGUUUUAAUAUGUAUAAAUAAAUAAAAUACUUGUUAAUAUACUUUUAUUCUCUUGUUAACAUGA